CAGGAGAUGAUGGACGACCUGAUGAACAAGUGCAUCCUCGUCGGCAUCGAGCAGGUCCAGAGCAUGAACAGUGGCGGCAUCGACGGCACGCUCAGGGGCAUGGCCAAGCCCCUGCUGGACCGGGUGCUGCAGGGUCUCCUGCUCGAGAAGGGGGCCAAGCUGCGGGAGUUCGAGGGGGAGUGGUGGCAGACGAUCGAGGCUGUGGACGAGUUCAGCGACGACGCGCCGCCGAGGGAGUGGGACGAGUUCGACAGCGUGACGAACUACGACAGCGAGGAGGAGGAGGAGGAGGAGGAGCACGAGGUGACAUCGCCCUCGGUGUACGCGAGCACCAGCCCGUCGCCGGACGAGCCGAUGUCGCCGGGGUCGCCAGGCAGCCUCUACUUGAUCGACAUGGACGCGGCGCGUGCGGGCGCGACGCCCGAGACGGGGCCGUUGUGCCGCGACGGCCACGAGCUCCGGAGGGCCAUGUGCGAGGGCGACUACGUCUGCGACGUGUGCCAGCGCGCGCUGGAACCCGAGAGUCGCAUCCACCACUGCGGCAGGUGCAACUGGGGCGUGUGCGAGCAGUGCAUCGAGGCCGCCGGCAUCGCCUGGGAGGCCGCGCCGCCGAUGAAGGAAGAGCUGCCGCCGCUCGCGCUGGGCAGCCUGGCGGGGGGCGCUUUCCCCUUCAGCCCCGGCAGACGGCGCGGCAAGCGCAAGGCCCGGCGCCGUGGGAUCAACGAGGACGUCUUGCCUGGAGGCAUGGAGGUAGGGAUGCAGGCCCUCGGGCCGAGGCCGGCCGUGGCGGGCCUCGGCGAGUCGGCCGCCAAGGACGCCGGCAUCCUCGCCUGGCUGGGCUUCCGCGCCAGUCCAGCGCAGGAGCCCACCUCCGAGAUGCCGCCCGACUCCAUGCACGCGACGGCCGCGACGGGGGACAUCGUGGAGUCACCGUCGACGGUCGAGUCGACGACGGUCCCCAUGUCGUCGACGGUGGCGGGGUCGCCUCACGACGAGUUCGAGGUCGAGAAAGAGACGCGGGCGCUUCCUACAGGCCUCGCUGGCACACUGCAUGCGAGUACGCUGAAUACCUGGGGUCUCCGCCACGCCGCUUCGCCACGUGGCUGGGCGCCCCAGAAUGCGGUUUCCUCGCUCAUGGCGCCGCGGCCCAGGAGGAUGGCGCCUGCUCAGAGCCUGCUGCCCGACGACGAAGGAUUCGGCCGCAUGGGACCCUCUGCGAUGGGCGGUUCCUGGAUGGGCCCGGUGCACCUGUCCUCCGACGACGACGUCGACGACGCCGACGCGGACGUCUCCGAGG